UUUAUAAUUUCCCAGUUCUUGGAGCUGCACACUGCCGUGCCAUCAGCGGUCUCAGGCUUACCCCACAGGUUGUGGGGGGGACCUUGGGAAAGUUUGAGGAAAAGAACAUUCUUGACUUGCCAUUUUGUUGCCUUGUAACUACUCUGUUGGCAAUAAAUUAAUAACACAGAGCUUAAAAUAUUGUCAUGCAUAUGCUCUAUAUCCAUCUGAGAUAAGCUCCCUAAAGCUAAGGUCUAUUUUACUUUUCUCUGUAUAUCUUCAUAUCACCUAGAGUGAAUGUCUGCAUUUGGAACUCUUUCAUCUUCAUGCAACACUGAUUGAGGGUUUGUCCAGUGCUGGGUGCAGGGUUCCAUAGCUUAAAUAAGGCUUGGUCCUUGCCCCUGGAAAAAGUCUAGUAAGAGUCUGAAGAGAGAGAGAGAUGUAAGUGGAUAAUUUAUUUUCUUAUGCGAUGAGUACCGUGAGUUAGGGGAACAAAGAGGAGGAAGCCAUGAACUUGGGUCUGGCUUAUCUUAGGGCACUCUUUUAUUUUGCUUCGUUUUAAGCCUUCAGAAAGUUCUCCUUCCUGUUGUUGACCGCUAAAGUCGUCUGCCGGAAGGUAGGUGUUGGGAGGUGAGGUAGAACUCCGUAUUUCCUCCUCAACAUCGAAGAGAAAGGAAUUUCCAAAGUGGGGACUAUGUUCUUGGUCUUUAGUUUUUUAGGAAUAAAGCUGCCCAACUCCCCGGUUCCUCUCUUUAUUCCCCUCGCACUUCAGAUCACUUUCUAUGAGGACAAGCACUUUCAAGGCCGCCACUAUGACUGUGACUGCGACUGUGCCGAUUUCCACAUGUACCUGAGUCGCUGCAACUCCAUUCGAGUGGAGGGAGGCACCUGGGCCGUGUACGAAAGGCCCAACUUCGCGGGCUCCAUGUACAUCCUGCCUCGGGGCGAGUACCCCGAGUACCAGCACUGGAUGGGCCUCAACGACCGCCUCAGCUCCUGCCGAGCUGUUCACCUGUCUAGUGGAGGCCAGUAUAAGAUUCAGAUCUUCGAGAAAGGAGAUUUUAAUGGUCAGAUGUACGAAACCACUGAAGAUUGCCCUUCUAUCAUGGAGCAAUUUCACAUGCGAGAGGUGCACUCCAGUAAGGUGCUGGAUGGCGUCUGGAUUUUCUACGAGCUACCCAACUACCGCGGCAGGCAGUACCUCCUGGACAAGAAGGAGUACCGGAAGCCCAUCGAUUGGGGUGCAGCUUCCCCAGCUGUGCAGUCUUUCCGCCGCAUUGUGGAGUAAUGACGUGGAGGGGGCCACAAGCUUCUCCCGGGGGGCCACGUGCUGGCCAGCCUUGUCACCCAAAUAGGCAUCAUAAAUAAAACAAUUGGCAUGCAUUCCA